CACCUGCCACCAGCAGGUCCCUCGUUUGACGAUAGAGGGUUAACGUCUGUCAUCGAUCACAGCUUCUCAGCAGUCCGUAUAUCUCCUCCCACGCAUCCUAUUUAAUCAAACCCCUUGCCCUUAGCUCCAGCGGUUUGUGGAAGGGAAAAAAACCUCACUCAGUUCACGCUUACAAGCAGCUCUAAUCUGUGCUGAAGACAAGAAUGGCUUUGGCGGAUCCACAGCGUGGAAUAACUAAUGGUGCAGAUCCUGGCUCCACGUUUUCGGAAAUUAUCGAACUAAAUGUUGGUGGCCAGGUGUACGUGACAAGACGCGCAACUUUAAUAGCAGUACCGGACUCUCUCUUAUGGGGCAUGUUCAGUAAGAGCACGCCAAAGGACUUGGCGCGUGAUAGCAAAGGGCGCUUCUUCUUGGACCGGGACGGUUUCCUGUUCCGUUACAUCCUAGACUACCUGCGGGACCUCAACCUGGUGCUGCCCGAUUACUUUCCAGAGAAGAAGCGUUUGCAAAGGGAGGCCGAGUUUUUUCAGCUGCGAGAGCUGUGCAAGCGCCUGAGUCCUAAAAUGAGCAAGGACGACUCCAUGUGUGAAGAGAGCUGCUACCAGAGCGAUUCAGAUGAGAUGAUGGCGCACGGUGCCGCGGUUUCCGGUUGGGAUGCGUCGCGCGCGCUUUCCGCCCUCAGCAUGGUGCACUCGCCCUCGACGGAAGUCAGAAAGUCGGGCUACAUCACCAUUGGCUACAGGGGCUCGUACACCAUCGGGAGGGACAUUCAGACCGACGCUAAGUUCAGGCGCGUGGCGCGCAUCACCGUGUGCGGGAAGACGUCUCUUGCCAAAGAGGUGUUCGGAGAGACUCUGAACGAGAGCAGAGACCCGGACAGGCCUCCGGAGAGAUAUACUUCCCGCUAUUACCUUAAGUACAACUUUCUGGAGCAGGCUUUCGACAGACUCACAGAGUUCGGGUUCCGCAUGGUCGCGUGCAGCUCCACGGGGACGUGCGCUUAUGCGAGUAACGAUCCAGGCGAGGAUAAAAUCUGGACGAGUUACACAGAGUAUGUGUUCUGUCGGGAAUAACAUUCACAGGAAAUGUGCGACUCCCUGUGUAUUUAUCAUGUAUAUGGAAGUGUGUAAUCAUGAAGAGAAAAAAGCUAGUGUAUUAGAUUAUUAAAAGUUAAUAAUGACUUCAACUUCAUCUUCAGCACUUGUAUAAAAAUUUAUUAUUAAUUUUAUUAUAUGUAAAUACAGUUCACAAACAGCUCCUUCAUAUCCUGCUAAUGAUUUAGUAAGUUACUGCAUAGUAGUUACGUUAUGACUACUAAAAUCAUUAAAUACAGGACGUCAGAUAUUAAAGAUCUCGAAUGAUUUCGUAUUACACAAGCUACUAGACUUUUACAGAAACAAUAGAGCACAGCUGGAAUGAAUACUGUUUACAAUUUUUAACCAAUAAUAUUUUAAAAAUUCUGACGUGCUCUCAUGUCUGUAAAGAUUUUGAGAAGCCUAUUUGCUGUAAUGUAAAAAAAAAAAAAAAAGUAUGAUAACUAAAACCUUUACAGCUGUAUAUUGGAUGUAUGGAAGACCUCAGCAGUGAUUUUACACAAAGCAUCAGAAAAGAUCUCCCUCAUUUGUUGUUUAUCAGACUAGUAGUUCAACAACUCUUGCCAUACUCUUAAUUUAAAUACCACUGUUAAUGUGCAUGCUCUGUUUCCAUUGGCUUUGUACUGUUGUUGUGGUCUAGUAGAAAAUUAUAAAUUUCACACUCAUGUAAAACUGUGCAGAUUUGCUUCUAAACUAAAUUCCAUUCGAUACUGUUAAGAUCUGUGCUAUAAUGUAAUAAUUCUUAUAAAUGUGUGUGUAUGUGUGUGUGUGUGUUUUAAAUGUUUGAAGAAUUUAA